AUGGCCUUAGUGGGUGCUGCCAAUACUACCCAACCCAUCCACAUGGUCUACGUCCCCUCCCACCUCUACCAUAUGCUCUUUGAACUCUUCAAGAACGCCAUGCGGGCCACCGUAGAAAGCCAUGAGUCUAGCCUUGUUCUCCCCCCUAUCAAGGUCAUGGUGGCCUUGGGUGAAGAAGAUCUGUCCAUCAAAAUGAGUGACCGAGGUGGGGGUGUUCCUUUGAGGAAGAUUGAGCGCCUCUUCAGCUACAUGUACUCCACGGCCCCCACACCCCAGCCCGGCACUGGGGGCACCCCGCUGGCUGGCUUCGGUUACGGGCUGCCCAUCUCCCGCCUCUAUGCCAAGUACUUCCAGGGGGACCUACAGCUCUUCUCCAUGGAAGGCUUUGGGACUGACGCUGUCAUCUAUCUCAAGGCCCUGUCCACGGACUCGGUUGAGCGCCUGCCAGUCUACAACAAGUCUGCCUGGCGCCACUACCAGACCAUCCAGGAGGCCGGUGACUGGUGUGUGCCUAGCACGGAGCCCAAGAACACGUCCACGUAUCGGGUCAGCUAGGGGCCUCCUGCGCCCGCAAGCAAGAGGACAGACCACUGCCUCUGGGUCUGGCCACCACAGGGGCCCCCAUCCCUCCCUCCAGAGGUGAGAGUGGGGGUGUCUUCUUGAUGACCAGGCCCUAUCUCUCUGUGGAAGUCCCUGGGUGAUUGAUCGGUGGUGGUUCCUAAGUGCCAAUCUGUCUCCAUGGAGAUACCAAGUUGGUCUCCCUGGGGUGCAGUCUUCGUAGGUGAUGCCUGAGGGCCAGGGGUCAUGGCUCCACCCGAUAGGGUGCCCCAGAUGCCCUGUGCCAUGGCAGUCCCUGUCCCGGAUCCCGGGUGCCCCCUCACUGCCUGCAUAGCCCUGGUCUUCCAAGUGGAUGCCCUGCUUACCCCAUGGUCUCCCAUUAGGGCACAGUGCCCCAGCCGCUGUCAGUGUCAGGAGGGGUCCAGGUGCCCCCGCACCUAGGCAUGAGUGGGAAACGGGUGCACUCUUGGCCCUGGGUUGGGGCCUGGUCUUAGAGUUUCCCCCUGCACUCUGGGCAUUAAGAUCAAGGUGGGAUGGGCACAGCUCUUGCCCAAGGCUCACCCCUAACAGGGAGGAGCCCAAGAGA